AUGGCACAAGAAGGGAUUAUCUCCCAGAGCGAAAUUAUUGCUUCUCGUUUUUCACCAAUUGUCGUUGAACCCGCAUUUGUUGUAUUUUCUUCGAAGAUGCCAGUUAAGCUGGUGACGUCCGACGAGGUUGCAUUUGAUGUGGAUCUAGAGAUCGCUAGACAGUCUGUGAUGAUUAGAGAUAUCUUGGAUGACGUUGGACCUGAGGUUGCAGAAGACGAUGAACCGAUCCCUCUGCAAUACGUGAAUGCUGCAAUUUUUAAGAAGGUUCUUCAGUGGUGUACGUAUCACAAAGACGACGUUCCCCAGCAGGAUGACGAUGAAAAUAAGGAGCGUCGAACGGACGACAUAUCUAGCUGGGACCAAGAGUUUCUUCGAGUCGAUCAGGGAACUCUGUUUGAACUCAUUCUAGCAGCUAACUAUCUCGACAUCAAGGGUCUUCUUGAUACGUGCUGCAAGUCUGUUGCAAACAUGAUCAAGGGUAAGACACCGGAAGAGAUCCGCAAGACUUUCAAUAUCAAAUCGGAUUUCACCCCUCAAGAGGAAGAGCAGGUUCGCAAGGAGAAUGAAUGGUGUGAGGAAAAGUAG